AUGACCGCUUCCGCGAUCGCGAUCCCCGCGCGCAUUCUCCUCUCCCGGCGCCCGCGGGUGUCCCGCGCGCCCGUCGGCCGCGGCGGCGCGUCGCGCGUCGUCAGCGUCCGCGCGGCCGCCGGCAACCGCCUUCGGGGCAAGAAGGAGUACGUCCCGACCGAUCGCGUCGCCUCGCUGCAGAACGAGGGCGCGUACGCGGUGUUGGCCGCCGCGAACGCCCUCGAGGCGAAGGGCAAGGACAUCGUCCACCUGGAGAUCGGCCAGCCCGGGUUCCCGUCCCCGGCGCACGUCGUCGACGCCGGCGUGGAGGCCAUCACCGGCGGCAAGACCAAGUACUCCAACCCGUCCGGCAUCCCGAACCUCAAGCGCGCCAUCGCCGAGUACGUCACGCGAACGCGCGGCGUGGCCACCUCCCCGGCGCAGGUUGUCGUCGGACCCGGCGCCAAGCCCGGCCUCUUCUUCCCCACCCUCGCGCUGGUGCAGCCCGGGGACGAGGUGAUGUACCCCGACCCGGGUUUUCCCACGUACCGAGCCAUGAUCGAAGUCGCGGGCGCCACGCCAGUCCCGGUGCCGCUCCGACCCGACGGCGCGUCCUUCGACAUGGCCGCGUUCCGAUCGAAGGUGUCCGACAGGACGAAGCUCAUCGUGCUGAACUCCCCGGCGAACCCGACGGGCGGGGUGAUGCCGCGGGAGGACGUCGAGGAGGUGGCGGCGAUUGCGACGAGCGCGGACGCGUGGGUGCUCAGCGACGAGAUCUACUCCAGGCUGACCUACGACCAAUCGGAGGGUGCCACGUCGGCAUACUCGCUCCCCGACAUGAAGGAGCGCACCGUGCUCGUCGACGGGUUCAGCAAGACGUACUGCAUGACGGGGUGGAGGCUCGGGUGGGCGGUGAUGCCCGAGGCGCUCGCCGCGAGGACCGAGCUCCUCGCCGUGCACAGCUACGGAUGCGUGGCGACGUUCACGCAAGAGGCCGGGGUGGCGGCGCUGGAGGGACCGCAGGACCAGGUGGACGAGAUGGUGGCCGAGUACAAAAAGCGACGGGACUUCGUGGUGAGCGCGUUGAACGCGAUCGACGGCGUCGAGUGCCCAAUCCCGGCGGGGGCCUUUUACGCCUUCCCGGAUGUGUCCUCGUUCGGGAUGACCAGCAAGCAGAUCGCCAACUUGCUCCUGAACGAGGGGGGCGUGGCGGUGCUUCCGGGGACGGACUUUGGCGCUAACGGCGAAGGAAAGAUUCGGUUGAGCUACGUAGGCGACAUGGACACGCUGAAGGAGGGGUGCGCGAGGAUCGCCAAGGUUCUCGGGAAGCUCUCUUCCGAGAAGAAGGACGACGAUUCUUCAAAGGAGAAGAAGAGCAACGACAAUUCUUCAUACAUCAUAACCCCCGAUUCUUCCAAAGGGAACGUCGGCAACGCCAUGCCCGUGAUUGGAGGGGGCGGGGGCGGGCUCGGUGCGAACAUGACGUGGGAAGAGCUCGACGAGAAAGUGAACACGUACCCGAUGGAUCGAAAGUUUCAGGCCAUCGGCGAAGGAGGUCAAUCGUUCAUCGACGAGGUUGUGGCGCUGAUUGAAAAGGCAUUGGGACGAAGCGUACCCAGCGGUAACGUGACUACCAGGCCGAGCAAGAAAGGAAAGUACGUCGCCGUGAACGUCACGGUGAGGCUUGAGAACGGGAACGAGGUUCUCGAGGUGUACGGCGCGUUGAAGUCCUGCGAGAGGGUAAAAUGGUUUUUGUGA